AUGAAGUUCAUCACUCUCGCAGAUGACAAGAUCCUUGUUGAUUUGGGAGCUAAACCAGACGACGGCUCCUCGCCUGACGAAUUCGGCAAUGGCUUGCGAGAGGUCAUCCACGACAUUCGUUCCAGGAAGAUCAGAGAUUUCAACAUCGUGGCAGGAGAAAUAACCGCAUAUCGUGCCAAGUUCCUCGGAGACCGCUCCAAGGUUUUACCCUUGUAA